AUGGCGGCGUCCGUAGCCGCUUUGGCUCUGAAGUUCACGUUCGGGCGGCCGCUAUCCACUUGCAGCCGUCUCCUCCUGAGCGCUUGGGGACCCGCAGCGGCUCCUUCACCCUGGCCCACUUCUCGUCGGUUCUGCUCACAAGGCACCUCGCUGCCACAAAGGUACAUAGCUAAAACCUCCCUGACUUCUCCACCAUGGCCAGAGAUUGUGCUGCCCGACCCCGUGGAGGAGGUGAAGCACCAUGCAGAGGUGGUGAGCAUGGUGAACGAGCUGAUUGCCACAGGCCAGUACGGCAGGCUCUUUGCCGUGGUGCAUUUCGCCAGCCACCAGUGGAAGGUGACCAGCGAGGACCUGAUUCUCAUUGACAACGAGCUGGACGUGGCCUGCGGCGAGAGGAUCUGCUUGGAGAAGGUCCUGCUGGUCGGGUCUGACAACUUCACGUUACUUGGCAAGCCGCUUCUCAGAAAGGAUCUCGUUCGAGUAGAAGCCACCGUUGUGGAAAAGACAGAGUCGUGGCCAAAGGUCAACAUGAAGUUUAAGAAAAGGAAAAACUACCGGAGGAAAAAAAUCAUCAUCACGCCUCAGACCGUGCUGCGGAUCAACACCAUUGAGCUGGCCCCCUGCCUGUUGUGA